GCGAGCUGGUCCGGGAGCGCUGUUUCUUGCUUUCUGCGCUCUCGUCGGCGGAAUGGCCCGUGCGCCGCUCGCCGCGUCGCCAGGCUGCGACCCCUAGACGCCGGCGACCUCCCUCCGCGCCGACCCCCGGCACCAGCGCUGCCCGCUACGCGGCUCCUGUCGUCAGUUCUCAAAAGACAGCUCGCCUAGGAGUUUUAGACUCCAAGGAGCAAUUGGAGCUAAUCCACAUCAUGGAAAUGGAAACCACUGAACCUGAGCCAGACUGUGUAGUACACCCUCCCUCUCCUCCUGAUGACUUUUCAUGCCAAAUGAGACUCUCUGAGAAGAUCACUCCAUUGAAAACUUGUUUUAAGAAAAAGCAGGAUCAGAAGAGAUUGGGAACUGGAACCCUGAGGUCUUUGAGGCCAAUAUUAAACACUUUGCUAGAAUCUGGCUCACUUGAUGGGGUUUUUAGAGCUAGAGACCAGAGUGCAGAUGAAAGCAACUUACAUGAGCCUAUGGUGAAAAAACCCCUGGAAAUCAAUCCAUCAUGUCCACCUGCAGAAAACAAUAUGCCUGUGUUGAUUGCUGAUGGGACAAAUGUCGGGGGCCAAUUACCAGAAGCCCCUCCUUCCACUGACACUCCAGAACAAGUGGUUCCAAUCCAGGAUCACAGCUUUCCACCAGAAACCAUCAGUGGGACAGUGGCAGAUUCUACCACAGGACACUUCCAGAGUGAUCUUUUACAUUCGGUUUCAAGUGAUGUUCCUACUAGUCCUGACUGCAUAGACAAAGUCAUGGAUUAUGUUCCAGGGGUUUUCCAAGACAACAGUUUUACAAUUCAGUACAUUUUGGACACGAGUGAUAAGUUAAGUACUGAGUUGUUCCGGGAUAAAAGUGAGGAGGCCUCCUACCUUGUGUUUGAACUCGUUAACCAGCUACAGUACCAUACUCACCAAGAGAACGGAAUUGAAAUUUGCGUGGACUUCCUGCAAGGCACUUGUAUUUAUGGCAGGGAUUGUUUGAAGCAUCACACUAUAUUGCCAUAUCACUGGCAGAUCAAGAGGACAACUACUCAAAAGUGGCAGAGUGUAUCCAAUGAUUCUCAGGAGCACUUGGAAAGAUUUUAUUGUAACCCAGAAAAUGAGAGAAUGAGAAUGAAGUAUGGAGGACAAGAAUUUUGGGCAGAUUUGAAUGCCAUGACUGCAUAUGAAACAACUGAAUUUGACCAACUACGAAGGCUGUCCACACCACCCUCUAGUAAUGUCAACUCUGUUUACAACACAGUUUGGAAAUUCUUCUGUAGAGACCACUUUGGAUGGAGAGAGUAUCCUGAGUCUGUUAUUCGAUUAAUUGAAGAAGCCAACUCUCGGGGUCUGAAAGAGGUCCGAUUUAUGAUGUGGAACAACCACUACAUCCUUCACAACUCAUUCUUCAGAAGAGAAAUUAAAAGGAGACCUCUUUUCCGUUCUUGUUUUAUACUGCUUCCAUAUUUACAGACACUUGGUGGGGUUCCCACUCAGGCUCCUCCUCCUCUAGAAGCAACUUCUUCAUCACAAAUAAUCUGCCCAGAUGGAGUCACCUCUGCAAACUUUUACCCUGAAACUUGGGUUUAUAUGCAUCCAUCUCAGGACUUCAUUCAAGUGCCUGUUUCUGCAGAGGACAAAAGUUAUCGAAUCAUUUACAAUCUUUUUCAUAAAACUGUACCUGAAUUUAAAUAUAGAAUUUUGCAAAUAUUGAGAGUCCAAAACCAAUUUCUUUGGGAGAAAUAUAAAAGGUGAGUCAGAAAAGUGUUUGUGCAAAUUUCGAGAGAGCCUUUCUUAUAGCUAAUGUCAA